GUGAGCACGAUCAUCCUCCAGACUUACAUUUCAAUGGGAUACAGAAGCAACGAAGAAUGCAUAUCCUUGCCCGUGUCCGUGCUGACUGGUACUGUAGGAUCCCCGACCUUUGAGAUUGCCGAGCGAGCCGCCUCGGCUCUGCGCGCCCAGGGAAACAAGUUCCGAGUCGUGUUUGCCUCAACACUGGGCGUCCUCACGUAUGUCGGUUGGGAGUAUGCCCGAGAGCCGACGCUCGCCUAUCAGCCCUGCCGCCAAUUUUACAUGGCCAGCAUCGACGUCACUUGCAAAGAAACAGCACCCUACGCGACGCGGGGUUUCGACAAGCGUCAAUUAUAUGCCUACUUAUCCUACGGGUAUGGCCCUUACGACUAUUUCGCCACCUACGAGACCGAAACGACCUUGGCCAAAAAGCUGAACAUGUACAUCGAAGACGUCUCAGACGGCUGGGCACUGUUCGAGGUGGAUCGUGACUCCUGGCGCGGGUGCGGCUACAAGAAGGAUGAUGAUUACCCUCGCCUAUCGAUUGUCCAGGAGCAAGCGCGUCAUCGCCGUACAGUGAACGAGUCAGCAUUAAAGCCUGAUAACUCUUGAGUACAAUAA